AGUGCGGAGGCACAGGCAGAGCCCGGCCUUAGGCUCAGCAUGUGGUGCCCAGGGUGCACCAGCCCGGCUGCCCUAGUGACCUUUUGCGCCGGGCUUUGGAUCUCGAACCCGGUGCUGGUGCAGGGCCUGGAGGCCGGUGUGCGGCCGGGGCCUGAUUGUGAAGUAUGUAAAGAAUUCUUAAACCGAUUCUACAACUCCUUGCUAACCAGAGGAAUAGACUUUUCUGUGGACACCAUAGAGAAAGAGUUGAUCACCUUUUGCUUGGAUGCCAAAGGAAAAGAAAACCGCCUGUGCUAUUAUCUAGGAGCCACCAAAGACGCAGCCACCAAGAUCCUCAGUGAAGUCACACGUCCCAUGAGUGUGCACAUGCCCGUAGUGAAGAUCUGUGAGAGGCUGAAGAAGAUGGACAGCCAGAUUUGUGAGCUGAAGUACGAGAAGAAACUGGACUUGGCAUCGGUGGACCUAUGGAAGAUGAGAGUUGCAGAACUGAAGCAGAUCCUGCACAGCUGGGGGGAGGAGUGCAAGGCCUGCGCAGAAAAAAAUGACUACGUGACCCUCAUCAAAGAGCUGGCCCCCAAAUAUGUAGAGCCCCACCCCCAAACAGAGCUCUGACCUCAGCUAUCAGUGUACAUGGACAGUAGUUAGAGUUAGUCUAAGACAUGGAUGUGUUGGUUAAGGCUAACCAGGGACCACCCUGGUGGCUGCCCGUCUUGCUGUUUUUCUGCUUGGGCUUGUGAUUAACCUGUGCUUCCUGCUGGCACCCACGUUUGCAGAGUACAGAGACCUCUGCGGGCAUUCCUCAGCCUCCUUUGGAAGGUGCAGUGACUCCCUUUGCAUCACUGUGACAAUAAUGCCUGUCAGAAAGGAGUCAGGGGAGGGGAAGAUUUACCUUGGCUCAUGGUAUCGGUCCAUCAUGUCAGAGGAGCAGCUCAGAGCAUGGGGACAAGAACUCAUCAGAGGCUGUUGUUGUUAUGGUGGACCGAGAAGCAGAAAGUCAUGUUCAAAUCAUGAUAAGGCUGUCAUCUUCCAGGGUCUAGCCCUACUGAUCUCCUUCUGCCAGCUAGACUUUACCUCACAGCAUCCCCCAUCACCUCUAACUGGGGGACACACAUUAAAAAGGAACUGA